GCCGAAGUUGCAAUAAGCCUAUAACCUAGUAAUAUUCAGCGUUCGUCAUGUCCUCUGACUCUGGAGAGGGAACGCAAGUUGCAUCAAGUCAACCUUCUGGAUCACGCAGACCCGUCUACAAGGUUGAAUCAACUGGUAACUUUUGGCACGAUGCGCGAGAAGCUUUCAAGCGCAUAUCAAUAGCUGAUGAUUUUCAACGUCUUGGGGAGAUGCCAUGUGCUCGGAACAGUCUUAUGAGUGGUAUUGCCAGUGGUGUUGGAGUAGGAGUCAUCCGUAUAAUGAGUGCUGGGUUUCUCGUCGGAUCACACUGGGCAGUAGGGACUUUUAUGGUUGUCUCCUUGGGCACGUGGACUGUCUGCCAGAGGAAUAUUGAAGCAGAGCGACGUAAGCUCCAAAAGGUUGUUGAGGAGAUGCCAAAACGCUUCAUCAAGCAGAAAGACAAAACGAUAGACGAAAGCGGUGGAAGUCGAGAAGCAUAAGAAAGGGAAGCACUAACCCUUUUGGAACAAAAUUCCUCGACACAGGACCCUAGCUGAUUCUACCAAAUGAUCUCUCUCCAGUUUUCCACCAACUCUGGAUCGUCCUUAAAUAUCUGAUUGGUGGUGGGUUCUGAUUGAAAUCAAGGAUGCAACGUUACCUUGUACGACUGCCCGAAUUGGACGAAGCCCCCUUGAAGGACGUACACAGUGUGAUUCGUAUCAUGCAAAGCGUUGCGAGUUUCUUCGUAAAUCUGUUCUGUUCUCAAUUUUUAUGACGCGAUCGCUUCGAGGAAUGAACGUACUCUGGCUGCCUUUGGCCCACUGUCCAAGAGGCGGUGAAUAAGUAUCGGGAAGAUCAGGUGGACUAUCCAUACCGCUCCUGACUCAGUGCACAAUG